AUGGGCAGGGGCAGGGCGGCGUCAUUGUCGGCGACAGGAAGAAGGGUGAAGGGCAAGAUGCCCCUCGGCAUGGAGGACAGCCACAUCGCAGAGUUCCAUCGCCUGGAGGACGGCAAUGAGGUUGGCCUCUUCGUCGUGUUCAACGGCCUCUCCGACGCCGACGUCGCCACCUACCUCGGCGAGCACCUUUCCACCCUCCUCCGCGAACAGGGCUUCGGGACCGAUACCAUGGACGCCAUCCGCCGCGCCUACCACCGCACAGACUGGAAGGUGCUAAGGACGACGACGGAGGAGGGUGACAGCGAGGAGCGGAGCGGGCGCCACAGCGGAUCGACAGUUGCUCGUGGACCAAGAGCCGCUCCAGGAGCACGGCGCGAGCGCCGCUGCGGAUUCGUGACGGAGAUGCAUGGCGAUAUGCCCCGCGUGGACGCGCAGCUGGCGAUGUCGCGCGCAUUCGGCGACCGGUAAAUCAAGGAGCACAUCAGCUCCGCCCCGGAUGUGACCAUAGAGGACGGCGGCGGCCGCGAUGGCACCCUGGAUCCUCUCCCAUCGCGUCUUCUCCAGCCGCGUCCUAUCCCCUCCGAGUGGCGGCGGCUGCGCUGUCACCGAGCGCGAGGUGGGCUGGUCGGCGGGCCAAGCGUAGAUCCGGAGGUGAGGAGGACGAGGACGAAGACGCCGCGCAACCAAACCACCGCCGCCUCCUCUCCCCUCUUCCCCCAUGCCACAACGGCAGUUGAGGACGCCGUAGGAGAGCGACGCAGCUGCUCCUCGUCGUCUCGUCGGCCACCCACCGCCGAAGAUGUGCGUGCGCGCCAGCCACAAGGACCUCAUCACAUGCGUCCUCGGCCGGAGCUCCGGGUUCAGGUGGUGGCGCAGGCGCGAGCGGUGGCCGGAAUCCCUUGGGGAGCGCCGCCGCCGCAAGAGGGAGAAGAGGCGAGAGGAGAGAUGGCCGGUAGAGAGGGG